AUGGUUGCGAAUAUGAGGAGCAGGAUGAGUCUUUUUGUUGCUGGGUUGAACCGUCUGUCAACCAAAGAGGGAAAGCCAGCCAUGCUUAUUGGGGACAUUGAUAUGGCAAGGUUCAUGGUCUAUGUGCAGCGGGUUGAGGAAGAAAAGCUGAAGGAUAGGAGUCUUCUCUAUAUGCAAAACAUUCUUUUAGUUUUUUCAAAUGGCAAAGAAAAAUAUGACGAUGUGGCGGCGACGGCGACGGCGGUGGCUGUACCACCAAACGAGGUGCGGUAUAAAGGUGUGCGAAAGAGGCCAUGGGGGACAUAUGGAACUGAUAUUACAAACCACAUCAAGAAGGUACGAGUAUGGUUUGGUACUUUCAAAACAGAGGAAGAAGCUGCAAGGGCCUUUGAUACGGCGGAAAGGAUGUAUCACGGCCUUAAAGCCAAACUUUAUUUCCCGCCGACAAAUGAGGAUAACCUCGAAAAUGCUAAUAAUAUAGAAACUUAA